CCUUUGCUUGUGGCAUAGACUUCAUAGUUCUAAGAAUCGUUAUGAAUGGCUCCUUCUGAACAGUAUUACAUAUCUCCUUCCAGCUUUGGGGUUUCCAUCCUUUCUGGCUACAGCUGAAGCAGAACUCUAGUUCGAUGAAAAUUAAGUGUUUCAUUUGAGCUUUCUUUAGUUUUAAGUAAGAAGAAGUAUAAAACUCCUUCUGAAGAGGCUUAAAGCUACAUAUUUUCUUUCGCUUAAUAUGCCUUUCUUGAGGGAGGUUAGAGCUUCAAGAGUCAUGAUUAUCAGCUAUGUGAUCAAGCUCUGAUGGAGAGAUAUUUGUAUUCUUGUCUAUUGAGAGCCAGCUCUUUUUGUUUUU